AUGCCCAAAGCAACUUCAUCCACGUUUCGUGUACAGCCUACAUCAGCUGCUGCUCGGCCCAAAAAAGGUAGCGAUUCAUCCGCCAGUGUGGCUGGAGGAGCCGGUGGAGGAGGAGCAAGAAAUCAUCUUUUCGAUACGGCUAGGUUCGGUCAACACAUCUUGACUAAUCCUUUAGUCGCACAGGGAAUCGUGGAUAAAGCAAAUCUCAAACCAACAGAUAUAGUCCUCGAAGUAGGUCCAGGUACAGGUAAUUUAACCGUAAGAAUAUUAGCGGCAUGUAGAAAGGUGGUAGCGGUGGAGAUGGAUCCUCGAAUGGCCGCGGAGGUACAAAAACGUGUACUUGGAAAACCUGAACAGAAGAAAUUAGAAGUCAUGAUUGGUGAUUUUGUUAAAGCUGAUCUACCCUACUUCGAUGUCUGUAUUUCAAAUACUCCUUAUCAAAUCUCCUCACCCUUGGUAUUCAAGCUCUUAUCGCAUCGCCCGAUUCUACGAUGCGCUGUAUUGAUGUUUCAACGUGAAUUCGCUCUACGUCUAGUAGCACCUGCAGGAACCAAACUGUGGGGUAGAUUAGCCGCGAAUGUUCAAUUAUAUGCAAGAGUAGAACAUAUCAUGAAGGUUGGGAAAGGUAAUUUCAGACCACCGCCUCAAGUCGAAUCUUCUGUAGUGAGGAUAAUGCCAAGGGAUCCACCACCACCGGUGAAGUUUGAAGAAUUCGAUGGAUUGAAUAGAAUCAUUUUCAGUAGAAUGAAUAAGACUAUAAGAGCUGGAUUCAAAGCUAAGGGUGUGGCUGAAUUGGCUGAAAAGAAUUACAGAACAUGGUGUGCUGAACAAGGUGUUAUAAUCGAAGACGGGUUCGAUAUAAGGGAGAAAAUAGAUACUAUCCUUUUGGAAUCGGGUUAUGCGGAUAACAGAGCAGCUAAAAUGGAUGUCGAUGACCUGUUGAAAUUACUGGCUGCUUUCAACGUUGCUGGCAUGUAA